CCAUUCGCACAAGGCACCACACACCACACAGUUACAAACCCCAAUGGGAUCAUAAAACAGAUAAAAUCAAAUCAAACUUGAAAAAGAAUCCAGAAUUCACUUCUUCAGUCUCUUAGCUUCGAACGCCCGGUAUUCGUUUGUUCCAGAGACACCUCGAAGAUGCCGAAGAAGAUGGGCACGAACAGCAAAGCCGAAGCGGCGAGAGCUCGCAAGAGCGCCACCGAGGCCGAUCGCAAGGACCGCGAGGCUCGCGAGAAGGAAGAGCAGUACUGGCGCGAGGCCGAGGGCACCAAGUCCCGCGCCGUCAAGAAGCGCGAGGAGGAUGCCGAGAAGCGCGCCGAGGCCGCCGCACGCAAGGCCGAGGCUCGCCGCCUGGCCGAGCAGGAAGAGAAAAGCCUCGAGCAGUCGCUGAAGAAGCCAGACAAGAAGGCCAGCCGCGUCUCCAUCCCCGUCCCCAAAGUCACCGAGGCGGAGCUCCGCCGCCGCCGCGAGGAGGAGCAGGCGGAGAUUCUCCGCCGCUCUGAGGAGGCCAAGAAGCGGCAGAGCCGCACUGCCGCCGAGGAGGAGUACGAGCGCAUGGUGCUCAUCACGAAUACCAAUCGCGAUGAUUCGGUCAUAGAGGCUCGGACGGUGGAGGAUGCGAUUGCGCAGAUGACGGUCGCGGAUAAUUUGCCGAUCGAUAGGCAUCCGGAGAGGAGGCUCAAAGCGUCGUUUAAGGCUUUUGAAGAGGCUGAGCUCCCCAGGCUGAAGGAAGAGAAACCAGGUCUUACUCAUAAUCAGUACAAGGACAUGAUAUGGAAACUGUGGAAGAAAUCUCCAGACAAUCCUCUUAAUCAGAUUGCUGAUUGAACCCCGACUCAGUGGCAUCAUCUCGAGAUAUCAUAAUCACCGCAAGUUUUCCUUGUGGUCCGUCAUCGUGGAGGAUUUAUGUUGUCAUGUGUUUUGCGCACUAUAAUUUAUAGCCUGCAUGAGUAUGGGCGUACCAUACUGAUAUUAUAUAGGUUUAUAGCUUCCUCAUUGAAUGCUUCUUGUUACCCCCUUCCAUUUAAUUCCCUGUAUAUUUCUUAGAAGAGUCGCACAAAUAUGCAAUCAUAGCCUCCCCUUCUCUGUUGUUGUUUUAAGACGAAAGAACAAUUGAGGUCUACGUGAGAAACAAGAGUUAGGAUGAGACAAAUAAGUGUGUUGCUUUUUGUUUUUUGUUUUUUCUUUUGUUGGACAUCAUAUUCAUUUUACAAGCUUAUGUUGGUUGUUUCA